AUCAUCUGGACAAAAAAAAAUAAACCACCGGCGCGCGACCAAAAAAUACAGAAAAUUGUGCAAUUCGUUGGGAAAUUUCAGCUUUACGACACCGCCCUCAAAAUGAUGCGAUACGAAGGAAGCGAGGAGCUGGCGGAUAAAACUGCUUGCGCUAAAGUACGGGCUGACCUUAAAAUGUGUCUCUUGGAGAGUGAUUGCUGCAAAAAGGAACACCAAUUACCCCGUGACUGUCUCAAACGAACGGAUGCGUCCGUUCCGGAUGAAUGCCAUGCCCUUCGAACGACGUUCUUCGAGUGCAAGCGAUCGCUGUUGGACAAUCGGCAACGUUUUCGCGGACGGAAAGGCUAUUAAAAAUUGGUGCGGAAGUAAAAUUCAUUGCAGGGCUUGUUUGUUUGUACGGUUCGUAACAUAGGAAUAAUUUUG